GGGUCAGUUGCCCUAGCAACGUCAUUGGCAUAGCGACCAAAUAAAGAUGGCGGAUAGACAGUUCCCUGGUCCUCGGCUCAAUACUCAUUCCCUCCCGUCCCGCUCACUCUCCCUUCCCAGGAAGGAAGACCAGUACAAGCUCUUGAUGAAGAUAAGAGGGUCCGCUCUGUGUGGGGACGAUGUUUUUUGUCCCAAGUCGCUUCACACCACACCUACUGUUAAUAAAACCACGAGAUACUUCAAUAAAAAAGACGGUAAUCAUGUUUCUAAUGACAUUAUGAAGAAUGGUUCUGAGCAGAUGGAAAAAUGUUCGAAAACCUUCUCCCUCAUUAUCAAAAACUCUCCUCCUCUUUAUUCAUCAAUCCUCACUGACAUCAAAUGGGGCUAUGACUCUUAUCUCAAUACUCUACUCCACCAGUCGGUCGAUUAUUGGAAAGCUCAUCAGGACCAGUCGGACACAUCAUGCAGUGAAGCUACUCCAGUACCAUAUCCUCCCUCACCUACUGCUACUGCUACUGGAGGAGUGAGAGAGAGGGAGGGUAGAGGAGGGCAUCAGGGUCAGACUAAUGAGAGGCAAGAUAUUGAGAGAGAAGUGAAACUACUUGAGAAAAAAGCAAUGGCUUUGAUGAAAGAAAAUGAAAGGUUAGAUAAAAUAUUAAGUGAAGAGAAAGAGCUUGAACAGUCCGAUUUAUCACAAUUUGAUGAUGAAGACAUACCUGGUACCAGAACAGAAGAGCUCCAGGAUGUAAUGGUAGACUAUACAGACCAUGUCACUCACUUGCAGCAAUUGAUUCUUAAUCAAAGGUCUGAGGCUUUAUCAUCCAUUAAUCAUCGUCUGGAACAAGUCCCUCUCUCAGUCUGUCAGAAAUUAGAGCAAUGCAUCAGAUCAACAGAAUUAUGCAUUCAGCAGCUAAUGAAGCAAAACUCCAUACUCAUAGCUAAUGUACAGGAAUUAGAGAAAAAACUUCAAAGAUACUUUGAUAUCCUGAGAACACCAAAAAAUGACAUUGAGAUUUUAUUGGCCACUAUGCAAGAACGAGCUUUAAUGAAAUGAAUUCUGAUAGGACAGUCCACUCAUUAUGUACAUGUACAUGUUACAGGUUCGGAGAGACGAGAGGAUGGUGGGGAUGGUCAAUGGGUGGAGUCAGUGUCAGAUAUCAAUGAAAGCUCUCACUGGAAUAUCACACGAAAUUAUACUGACUGUGAUUAACAGACACACAGAGCUACAGAAAAGAUUUUAAUAAUUUUAAUUGUUGUGGUAAUCAUACAGUCAUAAAUAAGUGAUGUAAAUGUGUAAUAAUUUCAAUGUUGUUAUUGUUUGAUUUUGUUUAUUAUUGUUUUUAUCAUUCCAAUGUUGGUAUUUCUCCUUCCCA